AUCACUUUUCACCUCUUACUAUGUCUGAUAACAACCAUAACAAUAAUAAUAAUAACGAUAGUAAAGAAAAUAAAAAUUUGGAGAUUACUGAAAGAAACACUACCGAUUCCUUGUGCCCAUUAUGUUGGAUUUUCAUACAGGAGAUUAAAAAGUGUAGCGAGCUGACUGAUGAGACAUCGUCACUCAACAACUAUCUAAAUCCUCAUCAUGCCCAGCAUCAUCGUUUACUCCUGAAACACUCAACACAAAGCAGUCAAAACAAGAUUCACAUUCCCACAUCCAAGUUGAAGCGUAAAAAACGUAAACCCCUGCCAAGAAAUGAUCACAUUUCUGUUAUCAUCUUGGAUGAAUUAAAACGUUUCUGUGAGAAUACAACAAUUCGUGGCCUGCCAAGAAUAGUUCGUUCACAUAAUCGUCAUUUACGCCUAUUAUGGUUAAGCUUAGUGUGCAUACUUGUCUUAGGAUGUUUUGCUUGUAUGUUUUUCUUAGCACGACAAUACUUAGAAUAUAAUGUCAUCCAUCCACCACGUGUCCUCCGACAUGCAUCGAGUCCAUUUCCAUCUGUAACUGUUUGUAAUUUUCGACCUAUUUCCCCAGAAGGAUUAAAAUAUUUACAAAGUAAAGGUUGGAAAACACCAAGAGAAUUUCUGCUGGAUAUAGCUGCAUAUGCAGAACAUUUAUAUUAUUAUAAACAGAAACAAGCUGAAUAUAAUGCAGCGAGUGCAGCUUUUUCAUUAGCAGGCUUCUUAGAAAGUCUUCCGAAUAAUGAAGAACGUAGGAAACUAGGUUAUCAGCAUAACAAGUUAAUAAUUAAGUGCCAAAUAACCUAUCUGAACGGUAGUAAACCAGUCGCAGCCCCGUGUGAACGCAAUGGUAUCUGGCGUAAAUUUAUUCAUGCGCAAUAUUUAAACUGUGCUACCUUUGAACCGUACAGUUAUCUACGUUCCACUUUAACAAAUAUUGAAAUGUAUAUUUACUUAGAUGAAAUGUUGAAACGUGCUCACUGUAUUGAUUGUUUCCACAAUGAAGUGAAAUCACAACUAUCUGGUGCAUUGAUAUCAAUUCAUGGAGCUGACACUAUUCCAAAUAUUAAUGAUAAAAGUAUCAAUUUAAAGCCGGGUACACUGACUGAAUUACGCCUGUCGAUUGUAGAGAAUAUUCAACAAAUGCCACCCUAUGGUAGAUGUUCUAUGAACCAUCCAAUAAAUUUACAGCUAUAUGAUAUGAGUUAUAACUAUUCCGAGUAUGCUUGUCGUCAUCUCACUAUACAAAAUGAUAUCAAUAAACAUUGUGGUUGUUAUUCCAUGGAAUAUGCCUAUAAUGAAGAUGAAGGUUACGAGCCAUGUACAAGUCUUUCAAAAUUUAUCAGUACAUCGGGUUGUAGUCGUCAUCAGCUCAUGUCAUCAUCAUCAUCAGCAUCAAAUGUAAAUAAUGAUAUAAAUUCAACUGUAACAAAUAAAUUUUGUAUAGAUGAAAUGCAAAAAUUUGUUCAGCGAAUCAUGUGUAAAAGUUCAAUAACUCAAAACUACGUUCACGGUGCAAUACCAAGUUGUACAAUGCCGUGUUCAUUCUAUUCCUAUGAAUCCGAACAAUCCACAUCGACAUGGCCAACAAAAAGUUGGCAAUUAACCUGGUUGAAUUCAUCACAUAAUAAAAAAUUAGGCAUAUUCAACAGUACAGAAUUCCAGCCAUAUCAUGAAGCACGACGUCAGUUAGAAAUAGGCAAUGAAAUUGAAGCAGCUAAUAUUCUUGAAAAUACAAAUGUACUAGAAAGAAAACUACUCGCCGUGCUGAUUAAUCGUCCAAAUUUUGAUGUACGUAAAGUGGAAGAGAAAGAAGUUCUCUCACUGACCAGUUUAUUAUCACAAACUGGUGGAUUGUUUUCAAUAUGGAUUGGUUUGUCAAUGAUUUCACUGGGUGAAGUAUUUGAAAUGUGUAUACGUUGUUAUAUAAGAGCUAAAAAUUCUAGGAAUUCCGCAACGUCGACUGUAGCUACUACCUCUGCUAUGUCUUCGUGUUCAUCAUCUUCUUCCAGACCGUCUUCAUUAUGUCAAGAGGACGUAAUGCAUACAGUCCAGUGUUCUUGUGGUAAUACACUUUCACUGGAUCAUAAUAAUCAUGUGUCCAGUGCUGGUCAUCACCUGGUUUGUAGUGCUCUGUCAAAUUAUCUCACGAAUGAUUUGAGUGCAUGUGAAAAUAUUAGUCAAGCAACGGCUGAGGUGAAUGUUCAACAGACAGGUCUAUCUCCCUUGUCGAUCGAUGAAAAGAAACAUAAUGGACAUGAAAAAUAUUCUCACCGUCAUCAUCAGCCUCAUCAUCAUCAACGACGUCGCCAACAUCAACCGCAGCAAAACGUAUCCACGGAACUAUCAAACGCUUAAUAGAGUCAGUUGAAAAGUUUAUAUACAUACAACUUGUAAAACAGAAUAAAC